UCGAAUCUCGUGUGUCAGUAGAUACUCGUCAGUCAACAAUUGAUUGUCGUUCAUCAAUAGGUUUGCCUUUGGUCAGUUUACAUCGACCUGGCAUACGAAGAGCACGCAUUACGGUUUUUACGAAGAUGGCGGCUAUCACAUCCACACCAAUAAAUACAAUUACCCGCGAUAAUUUAACUGUGCUCAUCAGGAAUAACAGGUUGAACGAGUCCUUGGAAUUUGCUUCGGAUACUGAUAAGAUGGAAACUGAUUCUCCUGUCCGAACACCUCUAAAUCUUAAGCCGAUAAGCAAAAAGCUAUUCCAUUCACCAGUCGAGGACAUUAGUCCACAGAGGCCAGAGUUUGUUUCUAGGAACGACCGAAGAAAGCAGUUAAAACGUAAAUUAAGAAGAAGAAGUCUUAUCCCGGAUGAUGAAGUAAAAAUCAAGAUGGCGUACGUUGAGGAGUGCAAUAGAGAGGGAUAUAGCCCAGAACCAUACGGGGGGAUGAGAAAGAGAGUGUUAAUCAGUUUAUUUCACAAUAAGGAGUAUUGUAUGGAUUGCUGUGAUUAGUAUGAAUCUAAUAUUAAUGUAGUUAUGUUAUUAUAACUUUGAUUAUGUAUAAAACAAGGUGUUAUUAUGAAAUAGGAACAAAAAAAAUUAUGUAAAAUAAAAAUAAUUACUGUCUUCCAGAUUAAAUGUAACUAUAAGUACCGAAUCUAUAAUAGAUUAAUUUUAAGGAUGUAUGGAGUAAUUUUAAAGAUUUAUAGGAGUAUAUUUAAGGUAA